AUGAUUGGAAAAUUAACAGUCUUAGCUGCAGCUUUAGCAACUGCUAAUGCACACGCCUUUUUGGAAACUGUUACAGUUGAUGGAUCAAGUUACUCAAAGACUGAUUCAGACACUCCAAUUUGGGCAUGGUCACCAGACAAUGGACCAGCAGCUACUGUUGAAGAUAUCAGCAACCCAAACAUCGCUUGUCACGCUAACGCUGAACCAGCAACUAGCGCAGCAUCUGUAGCUGCUGGUGGUACUGUUGGUUUCGGUUGGGGUAAAGGUCUUCACAAAUGGGGUCCUUUCCUCACUUACGCAGCUAAGUGUGACUUGGGUUGUGAUCCAAAUUCCGCCGAAUUCUACAAGAUCGGUGAAAUCAAUAUCGACGAAAGUGGAGAAUGGCCAGUACCUAAGUAUGUUGACGCUGGUCAAGACGUUCCAGUAACUCUUCCAUCAAGUAUGGAGGAUGGUACAUACCUCCUUAGAACUGAAAAUAUCAACCUUGGCGCUAUUCCUGCUGAGAUUUACGCUGGUUGCGUCUCUGUUAAAGUUACCGGUGGUGGUUCAGGUCUCUCUGGAGAGACUGUCAAAUUCCCAGGUGCUUACACUGGUGAAGAACCAGGUUUGACUAAGCAACCAUACGACGUCACUGGUCCAUCCGACUACAGCGACUUGCCUGGUCCUGCAGUCGCUCAAUAAUCUAAUUCCGGAGAUAUCUGCAAUUUAAAAUAAUUUCUUACGGACGAUUUUUUAUAUAUUUAUACAUGGACAAUAACAUU